UGCAGGCUGGGAGCGAGGGGCACCGGCAGGACUGGGGUGGGGGGAACUUGGGCUCUGCCCUGUCCCCACCCCCGACCGGGGCCUUGGGGCAUGGCUGGAACACCCAAUCCCUCACCUCACCUGUCCCAGUCUUCCUGUCUCCACCUGCCAUGGGCUAUAAAGGUCCUGGAGGCUUCUGGACCUGCCCCAGCAUUGCCAUGAAGGUCUCAGCCCUGCUCCUGUUUCUGGGAUGUCUGUGCCACCCAGGGGAAUCCCAAAAUCACCGGCUGAGGUGCUACGAAUGCGGGUUUGAGAAGCUGUGUGAUGUCAAGGUGGUGACGUGCAAAGAGGGAGACAAGUGCGCCAUCUGGAAAGGACUGGCAGAUCACAAGGUUCACGACCCCAUCUGGAGCCGGGGCUGCGUGGCAGCAUGGAACUGCGGGGGCCGGGAGUACCUGCCCGGAUACCUGGGCUCCUACCGCGUCACCUCCACCUGCUGCAGCUCUGACCUGUGCAAUGCGGCCCCCCCAGCCCAGCUCCCCCCGGCAACCCCCGCCCUGCUGGGCCUGGCCGCCGCCCUGGGUGCUUGGCUGCCCUGUGCCCUCUGACCCUAUGCCCUCUGCC